UCUCCAGCGGCAAAAUGGCGACGUCCAGUGACAAUUUCGAGUUUCUGUUUACAGUGGUUGCUAAUGAUAGCAUCCCUGUUUCAAAAUAUCGAUCGAAAGAAACUGGCAUUUCUGUAUUCAUAGCCCAGGUUGAAGGACCUCUUGUCAAUGGUUAUUUCUGUUUGGCAACUGAAGCCCACGAUGAUGAUGGCCUCCCACACACCCUGGAGCACCACAUCUUCAUGGGCAGUGAGCAGUACCCAUACAAGGGAGUCCUGGAUCUCCUCGCCAACAGAUGCCUGGCAUCAGGGACCAAUGCCUGGACAGACACUGACCACACAUGUUACACGAUGACCAAUGCCGGGUCAGAGGGAUUCCUCAAACUGCUGCCUGUCUAUAUAGACCAUAUCCUUUAUCCAACACUCAAGGAAUCUGGGUACAUCACGGAAGUGCACCACAUCAAUGAGGAAGGUGAGGAUGCGGGCGUGGUGUACUGUGAGAUGCAGGCGCGGGAGAACACAGGGGAGAGUCUCACCCACCUGGCUAUGCUGAGGGGCAUGUACCCCGGACACUGUGGCUACAAGUCGGAGACUGGCGGCAUGCUUCUCAACCUCAGAGAGAGCACAUCCUAUCCCAGGGUGUGCAGCUACCACAAGGAAUUCUAUCGCCCCGAGAAUCUGUGUCUGAUAAUCACAGGCCAGGUCACGCCAGACAAGAUCUUUGCUGCCCUCCAACCUGUGGAGGACAGGAUCAUAGCAAAGGGAUCUAGGCCAGCUUUCACCAGACCAUGGCAGAGUGAAGUCCCAAGUCUAGAUUCAACUGUACACCAAAAUAUACCCUAUCCCUCUGAUGAAGAAAAACACGGAAUGGUGAGAGUGGCAUGGCGAGGACCCAAGGCCAAGGAGCAGUACAAGAUGAUGAGUAUCGGUGUCCUGCUCAACUACCUGUGUGAUUCGGCCAUUUCUCCGCUACAGCGGGAGUUUGUAGAGAUCCCAGACCCUUACUGCAGCAAGAUAUCAGACUCCAUGAUAGAAAACCGAGAGAGCUGCAUCUACCUCAUGUUCCAAAACGUGCCUGUCGACAAACUGAAACAGAUUGAUGGAAAGUUGCAGGAUGUGCUGAAGAAGCUGGGAUCAGGGGAGGAGAAGAUUGACAUGAAGAGGUUGCAGAGUCUCAUUCACCGGAGUGUGUUGGAGUCUCUCAAUAACGUGGAGGAUCAGCCCCAUGACACAAUGGCCUUCAUCCUGAUCGGAGACUUCCUGUACGGAGACAACAAGGAGGAUCUGGACAUCCGGGUCAAUUCCAUCAACAACUACAAGAAGAUGAAGGACGAGACAGAGGACUUCUGGGUGGAGCUGCUCAGCACCUACUUUGUGGACAAACCCACGGUCACAGUUGUCGGCACGCCCAGCAAGUCGCUAAUGGAAGACAUGGGGAAGACAGAGAAGGAGAGGGUGGCUGCACAGAGGAAGAAGCUGGGGGAAGAUGGCUUGUCUAAUUUGGGGAAGUUACUGGAGAAGGCCACCAAGGAAAAUGAGAUUGAAGCCCCUGAGGAUCUGUUGACGAGUGUAACAGUUCCUGAUGUCGGCAGUAUACAGUUCCAUCCCAUAAUUCCAGCAGCAAACCUCAGUAAGGAGGCAGCAAACAAGAUUCCUGAGUUCCCAUUGGCUGAAAUUCCAUACAAAUUCCAGCUGGAUCACAUUCACACAAAUUUUGUCCAGAUUGUAGCUUUACUGGAUUCAAGCGCUCUACCGCAGAAACUCAAGUAUUACCUCCCUUUGUUCUGUGAAGCCCUGUUGGAGAGUCCAGUGCUGCGAGAUGGAAAGCUGGUGUCCCAUGAGGAGGUGAUUGCCCAGCUAGAGGCAGACACGUUGUCUUCCAGUGUGGGGCUCGGUGUACGAGGUGGCAAGUUCUCAUGUGGCUCAUUCCCUCAGGUGUCAAGUAUUGAGUUGAAGGUGGAGGAAGACAAGUACAGUCAGGGAAUCUCCUGGCUGAAGGAGCUGCUCUAUCAGACUCAGUUCACAGCCGACAGACUGAAGAUCAUCGCCAACAGGAUGACCAAUGAUAUCGCAGCUUACAAACGCAGCGGCUUCCGAGUAGUUCGAACUCUCAUCAAUGAAGUUCUCUACAAGAAGAACUGCAACAGUGUGGUGGCCAGCAUCUUUCGCCAGCUGGACUUCCUUACACAGCUGUCCAAGACCCUGGAGACUGACCCCAACAAGGUUAUCGAGGAUAUCGAGAGUCUACGUAAGAUGCUGGCCAUGCCCGGCAACAUCCGUAUCCACAUGUCAGCUGAUGUCAAGAAGUUGGCCAAACAGAAACCACUGUUGCCAUGGAAACAUUUUGUUGACAGCAAGGAAUGUGGAGACAGCAACAGCUGUGUUGAGAGGACCAGUGCGUACAUCCAGUCGUACGAGGAGAGCAGCAAGAAGCGCCUGCUGGUGGGGGUUGGGUCCGUGGAGUCGGCCUACUUCAUCCAGGUCGUGCCGUGUGUGUCGGACUUCCACCACGCAGACCUGCCAGCCAUCAUGGUGUUUAUACAGUACAUGACACAACUGGAGGGACCAAUGUGGAGGCAGAUCCGUGGCCUGGGUCUCGCCUACAACUACAGCAUGUAUGUGAAGCCGGACACAGGGCUGCUGUACUUUGUGUUGUCCAAGUCCACUCACCUCGUCAACGCCUACAAGGAGGGCCGGGACAUCGUGAUGGGUUACAUCAACGGCAGCAAUGAGCUGUCUGAAGUGGACCUGGAGUCGGCUCGGAGCAGCCUCAUCUUCGAGAUCAUCGAGCAGGAGAAGACGGUGUCGGAUGUGUGUAUGGAGUCCAUGCUGUCCUACUUCAGACAGGUCGACCACAACUACAACAAAUCUAUGUUGGAGAAGGUUGCCAAGGUAACAGUUGCUGACCUGAAGCGAGUGGGGUCACAGUACAUCGCCAGCCUGUUUGACCCGGAGAAGUUCCGCUGCGCAGUCUGCGUCAACCCAUCGAAGGUGGAUGAGGUUGUCAAAGAAUUCAAGGAGGUGUCUGUUCAUCUAACAGUGCUGCCGUCUCUAGAAGACAGCUUCCUCUGUGAAUAUGAAGUCUGAGCUUGGAGUUGCAUUAUGGGAACAUGUGUCCUUGACAUUCAUUGGUCUGUGUUGGAGAGACCGUCUUUCAAGUAACACAAAUAUCCUGUGCAUUGGAACACGCUGAGUGGAAUCCUGUUGAACUGUCAUCCACGGUCCUUGGCUUGCAUAUCACUGAAGGCUACUUGUUCUGUAUGAUACAGGCGAAAGUUUCGGAAGAAGCUUCUUUGUGAUCAAGCAGAAUAAUUUUUCAAUGCUGAUGGAAUCAUUGCAGAUUGUUAAGGCAGACUAAAGACAUACCCAAAUAAUUAGUGAUGUGGCAUCGCUUGAUGAUAUCCCAUCAAACAUAGCAUGUUCAAAUAUACCUACUGAAUUAAGCGAUGUUGACAGUAUGUCGCACUGUGGAAGAAAUUUAAGAAUAGCCCAGUUGUUAAACAUGAUGAAAUCAUACAAGGAUUAUCAGGGGAGUGUUAUUUGUUUAAUCCCAAGAUUACGACUGUCUGGCCGAAAAUAUUGUUUAGCCAAUAUCAAGCUUGAAAGUAUGUACGUGUAGCGAGUCUAACAUAGUCAUAGUUUGGGGGGAAAUUGUUAUUCCACAGUUAACAUGUUAAGCUUCGUAUUUUCUGAGUUGUAUCAUUAAAGUAACCCUUGCAAGGGGAGUAAUAUAGAAGUAGAUGAAUGUGUUGAAGAUAUGGUUGCAAACCAUGACACACUGCUGAACACUGCUUUGCUUGAACAUGCAGUCAUAGACAGUUUUUAUGCUGAGAUCAGCAGAACCUUCAACAUGAGUUCCUGUCGGUGAUACAGGAACAAGUUGCACAUGGAAUAAACUGUAACAAGGCAAUAAAGAAUGCAAGGAUGUGAUCAGGCACGGUAGCCCUCAGCUUGCUGUUUCUGUCAAACACCCUCAACUGUUAUGCAAUUAAACAUGUUUCUAUAUUUCAUAA